GGGCUGCGGGCUCCCUGGGUGUCCCCCAGAACAGAUUUCUGAUCCCUAGCCUGGCUGUGAUCAUUGUGAUGGCAAAAGAAAAAGAACUGUUGGUCUCAGAGUCUAAUGGCUUCAUGGAGAGGGAGAAUUUGAAAAGCCCCUUCACAGGCAAUGAAAAUAAGAAUAAUUUGGGAACUGUUAAGCACAGUAAUCCUAAGGCAGAUAAACUUAAAGAGAGAGCUUCAGGAUGGUCUAAAAGACAUGGCUCACAAAAUUCUAAGCAUGAGGACAUAACAGAAAUGCCACUGACAUGUGUCCAAGAAGAUGAGAUUUGGUGUCAGGAUUCCUGUGAGAAUGAUGGCAAGUCAGAGAACUGGGGAAAUUCGGUAGGGAAAGAGGAGGAAACAAGUCAUCACCAGGAGUGGGACCCAGGAGAACAUGGCCUUGCCUCUCUCCAGCAGAAGUCAUCCUUUGAGGGCAGGUCCUACAGAUGUUCUGAAUGCGGGAAAAGCUUCAACAAUAGUUCUCAUUUGCGUACUCACCAGAGGACCCACUCUGGUGAAAAGCCUUAUAAGUGCUCCGAGUGUGGGAAAUGCUUCUGGAACAGUUCUCACCUGAUUCAGCACCUGAGAAUGCACACAGGAGAGAAGCCCUACCAGUGUGGUGAGUGUGGGAAAAGCUUCAGCAAUACUUCCCAUCUUAUUAUUCACGAGAGAACUCACACAGGAGAGAAACCCUACAAGUGUCCUGAAUGUGGGAAGAGUUUCAGUAGCAGCUCUCACCUUAUUCAGCAUCACAGAUCACAUACAGGUGAAAAACCCUAUGAAUGUACUGUUUGUGGAAAAGGCUUCAGCCACAGCUAUGUCCUGAUAGAACAUCAGAGGACUCACACCGGAGAGAAACCUUAUAAAUGUCCUGAUUGCGGGAAGAGUUUUAGUCAGAGCUCUAGCCUGAUUCGCCACCAGCGGACGCACACAGGCGAGAAGCCCUACAAGUGUCGUGAGUGUGGAAAAAGCUUUGGUUGUAACUCUACGCUAAUAAAGCAUCAGCGAAUACAUACAGGAGAAAAACCCUAUCAGUGUCCGGAAUGUGGAAAGAAUUUUAGUCGAAGUUCAAAUCUCAUCAUACACCAGAAAACACAUGCAGGAGAGAAAUCCUAUGAGAGUCCUGAAUGUGGAGAAAGUUUGAGUCGGAACUGCAGUGUGUUAGAAGAAUCCAGAAUCCAGCCAGGAGGGAAACCCUAUAGAUGUUGUGAAUGUGGAAAGAGCUUUGGCCUCAGCUCCCACCUCAUUAGACACCAGAGGACACACACGGGAGAAAAGCCCUAUAGGUGUCCGGAGUGCUGGAAAACUUUCAGUCAGAGUUCCACUCUGUUGAUUCACCAGAGGACCCACACAGGAGAGAAGCCUUACAAGUGUCCGGAUUGCGGUGAAUGCUUCAGUCAGAGCUUUAACCUGAUCCGGCACCGGCGGACCCACCUAGGGGAGAAGCCUUACAAGUGUACCGACUGUGAAAGACGCUUCAGCAGGAGUGCCUACCUCAGUCAGCAUCGGAAAAUGCACAUAGAAAGAUCUUUUGAGUCUCCUGAAGUUGGGGAUUUUCCUCAUGAAUGGACCUGGGAAAGCCGUUCAGGGGAAAUUCCCCUCAUCUCUUCACUUUCUGUCACAAAUUCGUCUUCAUCCUGAGUUCUAAAGCCUGGUGGUGGCAGUGUUUUCUUCCUUAUUAGACCAUUACAGUUAAGAUAUUCUGCGAGCAUUGUGCUAUAAAGUUUCUUUCGUGGAUUUUCCAAAAUGUUUGGGAAAAGACAGCCUCCCUGUUUAAAGGAUGGGAAGACCCAGAUCA